AAAAAUGAGACUGCAGAAACGGAUACAAGUGACAGUGAGGAAGAAAUGGAACAAGAUGAAAUGGAUGCCGAUUCCGACGACGCGUUGAACCAUGAUUCGUUUUCGGAGGAAGAACAUGAGAAACUGAAUAAGAAUGAGGAAUAUCCAGGUACUGUCAAUUUUUGGACGUGA